UCAAUAUCAAUCCUGUCUAACUCCACGCAACCGGUUUGGCCGCUAUGUAACCACAAUCGCUUAUCUAUCUAUGACCGAGGAUUUACAGAAUAUAUGCGCAGGCGUAUGUAAAUACAAUGAAACAACGGAAUACAUAUGUUGUGCCCAUUUUGAUAAGCCAGCAGAGAAGAGAAUAUCGCAACAUCAAUGUGAGGCAGAUCACAGCAUGUAUGGUGUUAUCAUUCAUGGUACUCAAGCGAAACGGAAUGAAUUUCCAUUUAUGGCAGCUAUCGGCUGGCGUGCUUUAUUUGGCACUAAUAAGAUUUCAUAUAAAUGUGGUGGCGUACUGAUCAGUCGUAAAUAUGUGUUAACAGCAGCGCAUUGUCUGUACCACUCCGAUGAACCACCAAUUGUGGUGCGUCCCGGCGGUUUCGACUUGAAUGAUACGGAGGCGGAGGAUAUUGAAAUCGAUCAAAUUUUCGAACAUCCAGGCUAUAAACAUCCAAGUGUUUACAAUGACAUAGCAAUUUUAGGGUUGAAGGAUGAAUAUUACGCCAAAAGUUUUGACAACACUGCUCCGGCAUGUCCUUGGGCUCUACCAUUGCACGCAGCAAAUGUUACCGCUAUUGGUUAUGGUAAUACGCAAUUUGCUGGCUUAUCAUCGUCUGUUUUAAUGAAGACUAACCUUACAAUCGUAUCCAAUCGAGAAUGUACUCAGUAUUAUGAAACAGAUGGCAUUAUAUACUCUCAAAUAUGCGCUAGCGACCCAGUGAGAUUAAGCGACACUUGCCAGGGUGACUCUGGCGGUCCCCUUAUACUGUACCGAAAUCUCACUGAAUAUCAUUACGAAGUGCCUUACGUAGUUGGUUUAACCUCAUUUGGCAUUGGUUGCGGUACGGGAACACCAGGUGUUUAUACACGUGUAGCCAGCUACAUAGAUUGGAUUGAGAAAAUUGUCUAUUUUUAAGAGAGAAAAAUAAGAUAAGUUAUUUAGCAUUUUUAUUUGGCUGUUAAAGGUUCGUUAAAUUUGAAAUUUCCGCAUAAAAUGACGCGACACGUUUUAUGCAGUCACCAAAUUGCUUAGUGUGAUGUCACCGCAAAAACAGCUUGGGGCACAGAUGCAUCCUCCAUACGUUAUGUAGUUCCAAAUACCUAAUGUUUGAUGGCGUAACAAAGGUCAAAUGUUAUUACAAAGCUUGUGACGCCUGCGCGUUUGCACAGCUAGUAUGUCACCGAAUCGCUUACGUACAUAUACAUAUACAUAUGAAUGUAAAUAUGUAAUAUUGGUCUUAGCAA